AUGGUGGCCCAGGCAAAACCCGGGAUCACAGACAUCCGUCGUACGGAUGGAUCCAUUACGGAUGGCAACAAGGUUGCAGCUAAUACCCUGGCUGAGUACGACUCUACGGUAUUCGGCCCAGAACUUGUUAGUCAAAAGGACGAUAGCGGUCUUCCCGAAGUAGACUCCAUACCUAGCAGUUUCAUGGAACCGGUGUCGUUUUCCACUGCACAGGUUGGAAUAAAACUGGCAAGUCUCGUAGCUAAAAGGUCACCAGGACUUCACGAGAUACCACCCAUCCAACUGCAGUAG